AUGUCGCCAAAGGAAAAUUCAACUGUUCUCGUGGAAGAAGCCUCAGCCAACUCCGAAUCAGUGAGGAAGGAUGCUUCCAGAGUUACUGUGGACUCUUACAAAGAAGAGGACGAAGACUUCUCAGACAUUGACGAGAAGAAGUUGCUCAGAAAGCUCGACCUUCGCCUCAUUCCUCUCUUCACUGUCUUGUACUUGCUCAGUUUCUUGGACAGAGGCAAUAUUGGAAAUGCUAAGAUUGAAGGACUACCAGAAGAUUUGGGUCUCACGGGUAACCAAUUCAACAUGGCAUUGUUGGUUUUCUUUGUCUUCUAUGCUGUCUUGGAGAUGCCCUCCAAUAUGGUGUUGCACCGUGUGAAGCCCAACAUCUAUAUUCCCGCAACGAUGGUUAUAUGGUCUAUCAUCAUGACAUUGAUGGGAACCGUCAAUAACUACAACCAGCUCUUGGCUACCAGAGCUCUCUUGGGAAUUUUUGAAGCUCCCCUUUUUCCAGGUAUCUCCUACCUUUUGUCGAUGUACUACCUGAAGAGAGAAAUUCUUGUUAGACAAGCUAUUUUCUUUAGUGCUGCUACGUUGGCAGGAGCAUUUUCAGGUCUUUUAGCUGCUGCUAUUGCCCAGAUGAGAGGUAUUGGUGGAUACAAUGGCUGGAGAUGGAUCUUCAUUCUUGAGGGCUUACUUACUUUUAUCGUGGGCGUUUUCUCCUUUACGUGCUUUCCAUCCUACCCUAAAGAUUGCAAAUUCUUGACUGAAAAGGAGCGCAGGUUUGUUAUGCACAAAAUCAAGCACUCUACUAAUGUCAUCGAGAAAAAUACCGACGGAGAUGAUAUUCCUCAAGUGGUCAGAGCUGAAGACAACUCUCGUGAUAGAAGAUACCUUUGGGCUGUGGCAAAAGACUGGCAAGUGUGGCUUCAGCUCUUGGCCUUGUAUGGUGUGAAUGUUCCGCUUUAUGCUGUCUCUCUCUUUAGUCCUACCAUUAUCCACAGUUUGGGUUACAGCACCACGGAGUCCCAGCUCUUGGGAGUUCCUCCAUAUGUUCUUGCCACAUGCAUGUGUGUGCUUCAAUCAUGGCUUUCAGGCAGAACAGGUUACAGAGCUCCUUUCUUGAUAUUCGAUUGUUUGUGCAUUUGCGUUGGUUUUGCAAUAUGCUUAGGUGUCGAUGCGGUCACAACGCCCGGUGCUGUUUAUGGAGGUAUGUACUUUAUUUCCUUUGGAUGUGCCGCCUACCCCUCAGCCUUGGGAAUGGGCAUUCAGAUCGGACUUGGAAAUCUCAGUGGAGUUUUUGCUUCUAACUUUUACAGAACUCAAGAUACUCCACAAUACAAACUUGGCCAUGCUUUGGGCUGUGGCUUUGCUGGAAUGGGGUUGCUAGUUGCCAUAGUGCUCGUUGCUUGCUACACUUCUAUCAACAAGAAGAGGAAGCAAGAGAUUGCCGAAGGUAAAUGGGAUAAUGUGAGUGAAGAAGAGCUCAUGAAGAAGGGUGAUAAGAGCCCUUACUUCAUCUAUCGGUUGUAG